GCCCCCGCGCGCGUUGCGCCGGGCGCCGCCUGGCGGCGCCGCGCGCGGCGCGGGGGCAGCGGUGGCGGCAUUCUCGCCGCGGAGGCGCCGCGGGUCAGAUGGCCUCGUGGCGCUUCGCCGGGGCGCCGCGCCACGGGAUCGGUUUCGGGGCUGGCGGCGAACACGGCCCCACGAUCGGCCUGGAAAGUUUCUCGCUGCCGCCCGCCGGCGGUCGGAAGCGUCCCGCCCCCGCGGCGGGCGAAGGGCUCGCCCCGGCCGCCGGACGCGCCGCGGCGCGGCAUCGGGCCUCGCCCAGCCUGGACGGCAUGGGCGUGGCAGGC